AUGGGUAACGGGGCUAGCAACAAGUCUGGCCAGGCUUCUCCGAACACGAUGGAGACGGAAGCAUCGGACGCCGGCUCCCGCAGCGGCAGCAGUCCCAACAAAGGUUGCUCUCCUGCCCCAAAGGGCAAGUCCUCCGACGCCGCGGACAAUCGCAACCGGACGCUAGACAAGAAGAUGCUAUUGAGCGCGCUCCAGGCGCAGGGGGAGUGCAUCUCCGAGAGCGAGUUGAACAGCAUCCUCCCCAACCAUGACAACAUCUUUGACGCCCUCGACUACAUCGCGGAGAUGAACGCGGCGAGGAAGAGCGUCAAGGCGCAUCCGCCUGGCCCCAUCUCCCGCCGCCGGAUCACCGCCAGGAGCAGCAGCAGCAGCGCCGCCGGCGGCGGCGGGGAAAACAGGCUUCAAGAAAAUGUCCGUCCGCCCCUCCUCCCUUCCCCCGGCGGUACAACCACGAGCAACAAGCGUAAGAUGAUCACUCAGAAGAGGCCGCCCGCUCUGGAGGACGAGCGUCCCGCGAAGCGACCGACCGUUACAACGGCGGCGCCGGCGUUUUCCCUCUUGGGCGGCGGAAGCGGUAGCGGUUUGGCCUCACCCAAGCCUUUGGGGAACUUGUUUGCUGAGGUCAUGCGCCGCCAGAAGCCAGCCGCCUCCGCGCCCGCUGCGCGGUUCUUCGAGCGCGACGAUGCUGGUGCUGAGUCUACCGAAAGCGAGGAGCGCCCGGGGCCCUCCGCCAGGCGCGUGGACAAGCCUCGGCCGCUGAUGGCGUUGAAGCAAGGCUCUCCCCAGAGGCAGCAGCGGCCGGCCCUUGCCCUGUCCGUGGUCCUUCGAAAGCGGCCGGCCCUUGCCGUGUUCAUGGUCCCCCGAAAGAUACAUACGCAUCGUGAGUGA